AUGGAUGUUGAUGUAGAUCACUAUAUCAUUCUUGGGUUACCAACUGGCCAGUAUGGUGCCAAGCUCACAGAGAAAGAGAUAACAAAGGCAUAUAAAGUUAAGGCCCUGUUGUUGCACCCAGAUAAAAAUCCAGAUGAUCCAAAAGCCAAUGCUAAAUUCCAGAGACUCAAGUCUUCAUUUGACAUACUCAAGGAUGACAAGGCCAGAAAACUGUAUGAUGAACAGCUACGUAGGAAGAUGGAUUCUGAGCUUGCAAGAAAGGAAGAAGAAGCAAAAGCAGCAGAAGCAAAAGCUAAAGCAGCAGCAGAAGCACCCAGUUCCCAAGUUCUCCUAUUUCAGCUUCAGCUUCUCCUGCUUGAGAUUCAGCUUCUCCAGCUUCAGCUUAAGCUUCUCCUUCUCCAUCUCCAUUUCCAUACUUCUGAAAAGCAGAACUGA